GGACCUGGCUGGGGAGCUGCUGGCAGCCUUGGCCCCCGAUGCUCCCCACAGGACUGCUGCAGCCCCCCGGGACGGUGCAGCCCUUCUGCCAUCUCCCUUGAGGCCCUGGGGGGAGCAUCUCAGGACAGCAUGUCCCAGUCUGGUGGCUGCCCCCAGGCAGAGGAUGUGGGGCUGUGUGUUGGGGCGCACAUGCACACCCCGAGCCAGGGCAGCCAGCGGGUUGAGUGCAUCAUCUGCUACUCCUCCUACGACCUGUGCGGCCGGCUGCCGCGCCGGCUCUACUGCGGCCAUACCUUCUGCCAAGCCUGCCUGAAACGCCUUGAUGCCGUCGCCAAUGAGCAGCGCUGGAUCCCCUGCCCUCAGUGCCGCCAAAAUACACCCACGCCCCGCGGUGGUGUUGCCAUGCUCGACCUCGACCUGGCCACCUUCCUUGCUGUCAAAGCUGACAAGGAGCAUCCUCGGGUAGCUGGCAGGUCCCAGCCCAACUUGGCCACCAAGGGCUCAUGCAAAGAGAAGGCAAUCACCAGGCAGCCAGUGGGGCUGUGCCAAGAAACGGUGCCGCCGGUGUCAUUCCCCCGACGCAGCUGCUGCCAGCUGUGCCUUUGCUGCGGGGUGACAGCGGCCUUUGAAAGCUGAGCACGAGGAGGGGGCUGCCAGUUGGCACAUGGGCAACUGAGCUCCUGGAGUGCAGUCUGGGAGCAUUUUUGGGGACCUCACACCAUGUCCUAGACCCUCAUGUGGAUAGUAGUGAUGGGGCUGUGCUGGCAGCCUGAGAAGGGCUUCAGCUUGCUCAGGGCUUGCUGUUUACCCUGCUGGGAUUUGGGGUGCAAUGGGGGAGGAUCGGGAUGUCUCCACCCCUUCAUCCUGCUCACUCGCCCCUCUGACAACUGUCACGGAUGUCCUCUAGUCUCUGGCUUCUCCAUGUGUGUGGCUCUGCAGCAGGGGCACCCCCACUGAGCACCCCCAGGCAGGGGACACUGGAGCCUGGCACAGUGUUGCAACACAGUGAUGCUCCGGGGAGCAUGUGGCACCCUGAAAGCUUCACGCCUAUUAAACAACAUUCUGUUGGCCCUGCUGGGUUGCAUGUGUUGGUUGUAUUUGUCAGUAAGCCUCGGGCUAACGUGGGGAGAGCCCUGCCUGUGCUGGGGGUGGGAUGGGGAGAACUGACCUGCCCUACCGAAUUGCUUUCCUUCAAGUGUUUGCCCUGCUGGCCAUCUGCAUGAGAAAUUUGGGCACUGCGAUAGCUGGACAGUUGAAAUUGAAGAUGGCAGAGCCCACAGGAGCUCCUGCUUGGCCUUGUGCUCCAUGGCUUGUGCCAGGUUUGGUUUUCCUGCCUAAUCC